AAAAAUAGUUUAUAGAUUGAUAAUUGAAAACCAAGUUAAAGAACAAUUGGUAAAAAAGCAAUUUUGCCAAUGUUUUUACCAGAGUAUUGGAAAUUCCUCACUGUCGACUCAUCCGAAGAAUUGUGAAACGUCCUUGGAAAAUACGUUGAAUUCGCGUUUUAACCUUCAUCCUAGUCUUGUCAGGUGCGACCUUAGUCAGGUCACCCUCACUAAUGGCACAUCGAGUGCGCAACGAGAAAUUGCAAUCUAUUCGCUAAUAAAGUGGGAGUUGUAAUGGCUCUCAAAGAAAUUGUGACAUCCUCGCCCAAUAUAAGCACCGCAGUCUGAAAGCUAUUCAUCACAGUGUCUUCUUCUAUUCACAAAGUCAGCACAACAGUAACCAAAAAAAUCGCGAAAAUGGCUUCUAAGAGUACGUCCCUCUUGUGCGCAAUGAUGGCGAUAAUCGCCAUCGAGGCAAAAGUGGUACCAGUGGCUCAAGUGGCCCCAGCAGCACCCGUACUGGCAAGGAUUGAGAAUCUGGACGCAGUGCCGCAGUACACCUUCGCCUACGACGUCCAGGACCCAACGACCGGCGACUCCAAGGCUCAAUUCGAAACCCGAAGUGGAGACAUCGUCCAGGGCAGUUACAGUCUUAUUGAAAGCGACGGUACCCGGAGGAUAGUGGACUACACGAGCGAUCCAGUAAAUGGGUUCAACGCUGUCGUCAACCGAGAGCCAGCUGUCGCCGUCGCUCCAGUUGCCGUUCCAGCUACAAUUGCAGAAAGAGUUGUUGCCUCACCAGUUGCGGUACCAGCUCAAAGGGUCCUAGCUUCAAAUGUCGCCGUUCCAGCACAAAGAGUCCUAGCUUCAAAUGUCGCCGUUCCAGCACAAACAGUCUUAGCCUCAGCUGUCCAAACUGAAAGAUAUGUGACUGCACCAGUUGCGGUUCAAUCUGGAAGAGUCGUUGCUUCUGCAGUUGAACCUUCGGUGGUUGGUGCCGUUCCAGUUUCUGCUCCCUAUGCCGUACCUGCUGCUUAUGCAUCGCCUGUUAGUUACACCUUGCCAAGAGCUGUUGCUUCUAGAUUUACGGUUCCAGUGUCAGCUCCACUUACAUACGCGGCUUAUACUUUUUAAUUAAGUUACUUUAAUCGUUGUUGCUUAAAAAUUGCCUUAAAGUCGCUUUAAAGUCGCUUUACGAUAAAGUUGAUUUAAAUUGAGAGAUGUUUAAUUGUUUGCAACUGUUGUGUUGGUACACGAUCCCAAUUUAUGUACAUAUUAUACAAAAACUUUUAUUUUUACUAUAAUAAACUAUCGAUAAUUGAAG